AUGCAGGAGUAUGAUGAAUCUGUUCGUUCGGAGCGCAGCCGAGACCGUGCACAUCGGCGGAAAAAACAACGAGAAGACUCACGAACUGAAACUGUACAGGAAGAAACUAAAACUCGCCGUUCGCAUCGAAGACGAAAGGAAAGCCGUGGACUUGCCGAAGAAGAUCCGUCUAAUUACUACGUAAACCAAGAACACCAUGCACCACCCGAAUCGAACGAUGAUUAUCCUCAACCGGAAGAAAGUGAAAAUUACCCGGAACCAAAUGAAUCUGCGAUGGAAGACGGUAGAAGCCAUAGACAGGGAUCAAGGCGCUCCAAACAUCGACAUCAUCACCGGCGUCCGUCAGAGAGGGAAUCCGAGUAUGUGAACGCUGAUGUUGCACCGGCACACGAUCAGUACGAACGAGAAGACAAUCAACGAGGGUAUCAGUACAUGCCUGAGGAGACAGAGGAAUAUGUAGAAGAACAAGCGGGUUAUACUCCCAGUGUCGAUGAAAACUAUCCAGAUGCAGGAGGUAGUGUGUUAUCCGGCUCACAAAUGCAAAAUGGUUCGAUAUCUUACCAUCCCGAUCAUGACACACAUAACACAAGGGACUAUUCUCGUUCAGGUUCUCAUUUGGCUCCCUCCGUUCAGUCUGUGUCAGAUUACGGAGGGCAUUCUGCUCACAGCAUAACUCCACGUACUGUUGGAGGGGGCGAUCCAGGCUAUUGGAAUGUGGACGACGAACGUCAUAGCUCUCUGCCUCCGAUGAUGCCCUCAAAUGUUGAGCCUGAACCUGUUCCAGCUCGUCCGAAACCGCUCCAAAAAUUCCUAUCAUCCUUUCGACGACUAAAGCCAAAGAAUAUACCUCGUUCCACGUCACAAAAUGCAGAUCCUUCCGGGGCUUUGACUGCCCAAGUGAUAAUGUUAGAUGGAGAGGAAGUGUCUUAUCCGUUGGAUCGAAAUGACCUUGGUCUUACUUUAUUCACCAAAGUUUGCGAAACGUUGGACUUAGUAGAGACCGACUAUUUCGGUCUGACAUAUGUGAACAACAAACUGAGGACAUGGUUCUGGCUGGACAUGGACAAGAAAAUAAGCAAGCAGCUGCGCAAUGGUGAACAGUGGAUAUUCUCUUUUCAAGUGCGAUUUUAUCCACCGGAACCAACUUUGUUGCAAGAGGAUAUCACUCGCUAUUUGCUCACUCUCCAAAUACGUCAGGAUAUUUACACGGGAAAAUUACCCUGCUCUUGGGUGACACAAGCUCUGCUCGGAUCGUUCAUGGUUCAGGCCGAGCUAGGUGAUUACGAUGAGCGUGAAUAUGGCGGAUCGACACACUACUUGAACGAGUUCGAAUUCAUUCCAUCACCGACUCCACAACUGCUACAAAAGAUUUCAGAGUUGCAUAAAACACAUAUUGGAAUGAAACCGAAUCAAGCGGACAUAAAAUACUUAGAAACAGCCAAACGUCUUGAAUUAUAUGGAGUCGAUUUGCACCCGGUACGGGAUAUGGAAAACGUGGACAUCUAUCUGGGUGUCGGGUUUCAUGGGAUUGUGAUCUAUCGGGACAGAUUGCGAAUCGGACGAUUUGCUUGGCCGAAGGNGCUGCGUAUCUCGUAUAAGAAGAACAAUUUCUAUUUGAAAAUACGACCAGAUAGUAUUCAGCACAGUGAUGAAUGGAUUGUUGAUGUAAUUCUGCACCGUAGCACAUCCUGGGGUAACGUCCUCUCUUUAGAAUAG